AUGCCGUUAAUCAUCAUAACGGGCCUUCCCACCUCCGGCAAAUCCACCCGCGCAAAGCAAUUACACAGCUUCCUCUCCGAGAAGAUCAAGUCUCAGCCUGAUCCUCAGGACGCGACCAACAGCACCACUCCAAAGUAUCGACUGCACCUAGUGUCCGACCAGACGCAGUCCAUAGACCGUGCUGUCUACGAUCUGUCACCUGAGAGGCUGCCAGCGCACACCCGCUCCGCCAAUGCCUCGGAGAAGGAUGCGCGCGCCGCGCUGUACGGCGCAGUCAAGAGGGUGCUCGGCCCGCGGGACAUCGUGAUCCUCGACGGCCUGAAUUACAUCAAGGGCUGGCGGUAUCAGUUGUACUGCGAGGCAAAGAACGUGAGCACCCCCAGCGCCGUGCUCCAGGUGGGAUGUACCAGGGAGCGCUCCAAGGCUGUCAAUGAGGAGCGACUGCGGAAGCGAGCCGCCGGUGACGACGGUACGGCACAAGAAGACGAGGCGGAAGCACCCUACGAGCAGGCCAAUUGGGAGAACCUGGUGUUUCGGUACGAGGAGCCCAAUGCGAUGAACAGGUGGGACAGCCCGCUUUUCACUCUAAUAUGGGAAGACGAUGAGGAGCAGACGCGCAAGAUAUUUGAUAAUAUAUGGGACUCGAUUGCUGGCGAUGGCAGGAAAGUUGUCAAGCCAAAUCAGGCGGCGAUGCAGAGGGGCAAAAGCGCCGGCGGUGACUACCUAUAUGUGCUUGACAAGGAAACCCAGGACAUCGUCAAGAAGAUACUGGAAUUGCAGGGUGAGGAUGGCGGGGCAGAGGUCAGGAUAGCACGUGGAAGUGAUGGAGAGGAUUUCAUCGUCGAGCUCCCGGGAAAGAAGGUUGGUUUACCUCAACUACAACGCCUGAGGCGAGCAUAUAUUGGCAUGAAUAGGGGAGGCAUUGGAUUAGAAGGUGUUGGGCACCUGGCUGUCAGUAGGAUACGGGAAAGCUUUGUGGGCUACUUGAAUGAUGCAUUUGAAAAAGACGAGUAG